AUGGUGAGCAGAAAAACAGUUCAGAAUCACGCCAAACUCUUCAAAAAUAACUCGGGCCCGGGUCUUUCGUCACAUUUGCAAAUACCCCGUUAUCAAGAAUGGCUCCAAUCACGCUCUGCGAGACCUGAGAGAAGCGAGAAAGAGGAAGAGAUGAUAUUGGAUAACUUAGACAACAAAAAUGAUUCGGAGUGGGAAAAUGACCUUGAAGAAAGGCCAUUGAAGAGACACCGUGAACAAGCUGUACCCGUGCUCAAUGAAACACACCCCAAUGCUCAAGUGUACAAUUUUGAGAAUGAACAAGACGAUGACAUAUAUGUGUCUGACAACGAUCUUAAUCAAAACAAUGAUAUUGAACUGCAUUGUCCACACCCACCUGACGAUGAAGCUGAUUCAAACUCUCUCCAAAAUAUUCAGGACCCGAGUAACACAGCGCAACAUGACUUCCAGGCACUUGCGCAUCUUGAUUCUCUUACAGAUUCACAACCCAAAGAAGAUUUAGAAGAGGAUGACCGUAUCUCUUCGCUUGGCCAAACAUAUUCCAGUCAUUCCAGAAUUGAACAUGUUAAAAUUACGCAGAAAUUCAUCGACGAGAUUUGUAAUGCGAGUCUACAAAAUGGUAAACUAGCAAAUGAUGCUCUUCAUCGACUACAGAAUCCAGAAAAGGGCCCAGUCGAUAUCUCAGAUCCGGAUACACGUCUUUCACUGGAUCUUUUCAUAGCCUGUGAAAAUGCUUCCCAGCGGACCUAUGGCAACAUCCGACAGUGUCUUAUUCAGAGAUUUCCAGAGCUUGACGGUACACUCUUGACAUACGACGCUGUAAAGACUCUUACAGAAACUCUUACUGGGGUGGUUUCAAUCUCUGACGACAUGUGCAUAAAUUCUUGUUACGCAUUUACUGGACCAUUUUCCGAUUUACAAAAAUGCUAUUACUGCUCGGAACCUCGUUACAAUCCUCUGGUGCUCGCGGAAACAGGUAAAAAAGUUCCACAAAAGGAAGCAUGCACUUUUCCUCUUGGUCCACAGAUCCAAGCCCUUCGCCGUUCUAAAGAGGGGGCAAUUGCAAUGACCUAUCGUGAUAAAAAAACUCGGGAAAUUCUUAAUAUCCAAAAGGCAAUUGCCGAUGCGAAUGGCAACAUUGGCAAUUUUGUUUACGAAGACUAUCUUUCUGGAAGCGACUAUUUGGACCUUUUUGAAGACCAGAACCUUACUGAAAAUGAUACUACCGUUAUCUUUUCAUUUGAUGGAGCACAGCUAUACCGAAACAAGGGAUCUGACACGUGGAUAGCCGUCUGGAUUAUUUGUGAGUAUAGCCCGACCACAAGAUACAAAAAAAAACAUGUUCUUCCUGCGGUUGUUAUUCCUGGGCCCAAUAAGCCUAAAAAUUCCGAUUCUUUUACAUUCAGAUCCUUUCAUCAUCUCUCGGCUAUUCAGCGCGAAAACAAUGGCAAGGGUAUUCGAGUCUGGAAUGGCAACAAAAAUACAGAAGUAUUUUCACGGGUUAUUCAUCUCUUGACCACUGCGGAUGCUGUUGGACUUACAGAAAUGGACGGGCGGGUUGGGCACCAUGGUGCACAAGGAUGUCGCAUUGGAUGCUCUAUGAAAGGCCGACACAAACCAUCAAGUGGCCAUUACUUUGCAGUUCACUUACGACCACUUAACGCAGUUGGAGAAGAUUGCAGCCAUGAUGAUUUGACUUCAAAAAUGCAGCAAAUAUUAUACACGACUCACCCCAGGAAUAUCAAGAUAAACUUUCUCAAAUCAUCAAUUCACGAGACCAGGCUGAUUAUGAAAGGAACCGAAAGCAAACCGGACUCUCUAAGCCAUCAAUAA